CAUCGGUCUUUAAACGCUAUAAAAGAAAAUAUCUGAAUAGCUGAUAAAGUUGAAAACUUUGAGGAUCUUGCCUUGAUCAUAAUGUAUUAAAAUGCUACUCAACAAUACAACAUAUGUCAACUGGCUGUCUUAUAUUGACCCGUCUUAUUUGGAUAGCUUAGUAAUGGUGCUUGUUCAUGAAGACCAUAGAAUUCUGUGAAUAAUGAGUGGUUCAAACUUGUCACUUCUUCUUCAUCUCUAUUAUUGUUUGUGCUGUUUAAGCUUUGGCAAUGCCUUUGAUACCAUUACAUCAUCAACACCCAUCAAUGAUUCUCAAGCUUUAGUUUCCAACAAUGGGGUUUUCCGAUUGGGAUUCUUUAGCCUUUCUAGUUCAACUGAUCAUCGCUAUGUUGGAAUAUGGUACAAUAAUAGAGGGGUUCUCGAAGAAUCUGUGAUUUGGAUAGCGAAUAGAAACAAGCCUCUUAAGGAUGAUUCUGGGGUUUUCAUGGUUUCCGACGACGGAAACCUCGUCGUUUCCGACGGUCAAAACCAGACUCUGUGGUCGUCAAAUGUUAGAAAUCCGAGAGGAGUGAAUGUAAGUGCUCAGAUUUUAGACACUGGAAACCUUGUUUUGAAGGCUAACGGAAACACCGUGUGGGAGAGUUUCUGGGAGCCGUUAAACGUGUUUGUGCCGAUGAUGAGACUCAGUACAAAUGUAAGAACCGGUGAGAAAGUGGAGUUGACAUCAUGGAAAAGCUCUUCUGAUCCAUCUACUGGCAGUUUUACUUCGGGUCUACAGCCUUUAGCAAUUCCUCAGAAUUUCGUUUGGAACAAUACGAAACCGUAUUGGCGGAGCGGUCCGUGGAAUGGCCAUAGCUUCACCGGCAUACCAAACAUGAAUUCUUUCGUUCUUGAUGGACUAAGUCUCGUGAAUGACAACCAAGGAACUUUUUAUCUUACUUUAGCCUUCUUCAACAGUUCUUAUUUAUCAUAUGCUUACUUGGAUCCCCAAGGAAUUACUCGUCAACGAUUUUGGGAUGAUGAGAAAGGGAAUUGGACUACUUACGACUCUCCUGCUGAAACUGAAUGUGCCCUUUAUGGAAAGUGUGGGGCAUUUGGGAUCUGUAAUUCUCAAAAACCAUCAAUUUGCAGCUGUAUGAAAGGGUUCAAACCCAACAACAUAGAUGAAUGGAACAGCGGAAAUUGGACUAAUGGAUGUACGAGGAUCAACCCGUUGCGAUGCCAUCGAGUAAACAACACUGACAGCGAACCAGACGAUAACGAAUAUGGGUUUUUGAAGCUCGAGAGAAUCAAAGUACCUGACUUUGCGGAGUGGUCCGAACACCUCGAAAACGAAUGCAAAAACCGAUGCUUGAACAACUGCUCAUGUAUCGCUUACGCGUUCGAUGCCGGUAUCGGUUGUAUGUCGUGGAGCAAAGACUUGAUCGAUAUACAGAAAUUCUCCUAUGGAGGGUUAGAUCUAUAUAUUCGCUUGCCUCGAUCCGAACUCGAUAAAAAGAACAUAACCGUAGCUAUCAUAAUAACAGUGGUAAUAGGAACAACCAUCAUUAUUGUCGUCUCCUUAAUUUUUCUACUGAGGUGGAUGAACAAAGAUAGAGAUAGGACAGGCAGAAGAGUAUAUGUGAAAUUUGAGGAACUUGCCAUGUUUGAAGACAAUGGAAAAGAGACCAAACUUCAUCAGCUGCCACUCUUCAAAUUUGAGGAACUUGCCACUGCAACAACAGAUUUCAACCCUUCAAAUAAGCUUGGGCAGGGUGGCUUUGGCCCGGUUUAUAGGGGAAAGUUGUUGGAUGGGAAAGAAAUAGCAGUGAAGAGAUUGUCAAGUGUUUCAGGACAGGGAUUUGAAGAAUUUGCCAAUGAGGUGUUAGUGAUUUCUAAACUCCAACAUCGAAAUCUCGUUCGACUGUUGGGAUGUUGUAUCGAAAGAGAAGAAAAGAUGUUGGUGUAUGAAUACAUGCCUAACAAAAGCUUGGAUGCAUUUCUCUUUGAUUCGACAAAGCGAAAACUCUUGGACUGGAAAAACAGGUUUAAUAUCAUCAAAGGAAUCAGUCGAGGCCUUCUUUAUCUUCACCAAGAUUCGAGAUUGCGAAUUAUACACAGAGAUUUAAAGGCAAGUAAUAUCUUAUUAGAUGAAGAAAUGAAUCCUAAAAUUUCAGAUUUUGGGAUGGCUAGAAUUUUUGGUGGCAACGAAAAUCAAGCAAAUACAAGAAGGAUAGUGGGCACAUAUGGAUAUAUGGCUCCUGAAUAUGUAUUGAGAGGACAUUUCUCGGAGAAAUCUGACGUUUUUAGCUAUGGUGUUUUAUUACUGGAAAUCGUUAGUGGAAGAAGAAACACAAGUUUUUAUAACAAUGAACAUUUUUUUAACCUUCUCGGAUAUGCAUGGAAGUUGUGGAUUGAAGAUAACAUUUUGGCAUUAGCAGAUACUGAGCUUGUUUCUAAGCAAUGUUGCCAUCAAGAAAUACUGAGAUGUAUACAUGUUGGAUUGUUGUGCGUGCAAGAACACGCCAACAAUCGGCCAUCGAUGUCGAUGGUGAUUUCCAUGCUUAACAGUGAGAUCAUUGAUCUUCUAUCUCCAACACAACCUGCUUUCACUGCUGCAUUUUAUGGAGAAUCCCUUCCAAAUAAUACAUGGUCUAUAAAUGAUGUAACCAUUACCAAUAUAGCAAGUAGAUGAUGAAAAAAAAACAGAUUGGGUCGGAUAGAGCCCGCUGGAUUUUAUUGUUUAAAUGUGGAAUCUUAUCUAGUUUUUUUUUUUUUUUUAUCUCCAAGUAUAAUUGAACCUUAUCCAACUUUAAAAUAGAGGGUAUAA